ACUAUACUCGCUCUGCAUUUGGACAGACGGGUGGUUUAGCGGGCGUUGACGCAACGUAUUCAGACACAAAAACGACGUCAUCUACGUCUUCUACGAUGAAGACGGAGCCAUCUAACUGAUGAAUUACCAGCGGCAUCAGUGCAAUGAGUGGAUGAAGCUGGGCUUAGAGGGAGUCAACGUCGCUUUACCCUUGCUAGAUGGAGGCGUAGGUGGAUUGGCUGACGGUUGUCCCGGGGGUCCUUUUAACCCCAUAUCGCCUACAGGCUGUCCAUUUAUUAUCGCCAUAGGCAUAGCCAAUGUUACCGCUUACAGUAUCGAUGGGAAGAAAACGGUAGAACAGGGAGUGAGAUUCAGCGGAGGCGGUAUCUUAAUCAUCAAGGCUUUAUUGCUGUAGAGGGCUGGGAUCCGGUGCUCGGCCUAGGCACGCCGAAAUACAGCGAAAUGAAAGAGAUUCUUGUUGAAUAUGGCAUAAAGGAAAUACUCCCCAUUGUUCAUUGUAUCAGCAAUUACUUUG